AUGGACGAUCGUGUAUGGGAAGACCUGCGGCACUCGCUGGCAGCGUCUGAGAGCCAGGCAGAGCUGUUUGCCGCGCUGGACGCAUGCGCCGCCGCCUUGGACGGCCCCGCUGGGUCACGCAGAGCGCAUGAAGUCGGUAUCCCCGCAAACCCGGGGCAACCAAGCGCCGGAGGUGCAGACAUGUCGCGCGUCACCGCGCGGCGGGAGGCCGAGCGGCGGCAGCUGCACGAGAUCGCAGAGGCCCGCCAGCCGGGGCUCAUGGCGGGGUGGGCAAAGUACUGUGCGGAAUUAAGGGAGCGCAAGCUGGGCUCUGGUCCGGGCGGUCGCCACAUGCGGGACGGGCCCUUCUGCUGCAACAUCAGCGUCUACGAGGGCGUCGUCUGCGAGAGCCGCGCCGACCCCGCCCACACCUGCAGGCGCUGCGGCCUCGUCUCCUACUGCGGCCCCGCGUGCCAGAGCGCGCACGCGGCCCGGCACGGCCGCGAGUGCACGUCGCGGCUGACGGGCGAGAGGUUUGUGCCAUCGUACCUGCUGGAAGGGCGCCGGCCCUCGUGGCUCAGGGACGAAUCACCGCUCGCUGCGCUAUUCAGGAGGCCGCGCCCGCAGGAGUACCUCUGGGGCAACCUGCCCGCGUACUCGCUCCUGCCAGAGGCGCUGGUGUCCGCGGCUGCCGCGGCGACCGCGGAAGGUGCGGAAGCUGCGGAGACGCCCAGGACAGCAGGCUCUGGCGUGAGCAGUGCGCGAGGCCAGCGGCAGGGGCCUGGCUGCGGGAUGCCAGACGGGAGCGGGGACGCGGCCUUGGCUUCCGCUCUGGGUGCGUCCGCGGAAGCUGUUGGCGUCGCCGGCGCCGGCGGCGCGCUGGCGGCGCCGCCGUUGGAGAUGCAUGUGCUGCUGCCGGCCAGCGGGGACCUGCGCCACGUCAUCAAGACCAUCAAUAGACUGCCACUGGGGCAGCAGGACGGCCCAGCCGCCAGCGCACCAGGCCGGCCCUUGAAGCUGCACGUGCACCUGAACGACCACCAUCCCAAGAUCGCCCUGCGCAAUCUGAUGGUGCUGCAGCUGCUCGGCAGCUACGGCCCAGACGCGGCCGACGCAGCGGCGGCGAUCAUCUACUCCACCGCCCUGACCAGCAGCCAGUACGUCGCACUGCUUGACUGCUCUGUACGCGUGCUGAGCGCGACCAAGCUUGAGUGCGAUGCGGCGGCGGCCGCCGAGCGGUUGCCACGGGGCUGCAGAGACCAACUGCUGGCGGGCCGCGGGUUCGGGAAGGGUGGUGGCGGCGGCGGCGAGGAGCAGGGCAGCAGUGUGGACGCCCUCACGGAUCGCCUGGGUCAGGUGCAGGUGGAGCAGCAGGGUGCAAUCACCAGCGGCGCGGGCGGCAGCGGCCUCAGCGAAGGCCAGCCGGUCGACUUUGGGGAGUUGGCCAACUCCUCAGAAGCCUACCCCGUCAGGUUCAAGACCCCCAUGAUGGCCGGCGGUGCCCAGAUUGUCGCCGACUUGCCCCCCGACGCGUGGGCGCUGCUCGCUGCUUGA